UGUAGGGGCGGAAGGAGUUACCUUCUGCGAGCAGCUGGUGCUGAGGGAAGCGUACCUCGGGAAGAUGAUCCAGGCUAUUAUGGUUUUCAACAACCACGGGAAGCCGCGGUUGGUCCGCUUCUACCAGCGUUUUCCAGAAGAAAUUCAACAGCAGAUUGUUCGAGAGACUUUCCAUCUAGUCCUCAAGCGGGAUGACAACAUCUGUAACUUCUUGGAGGGUGGAAGUUUGAUUGGUGGCUCUGACUAUAAACUAAUUUACCGGCACUAUGCGACCCUCUACUUCGUAUUUUGUGUGGAUUCAUCAGAGAGUGAACUUGGGAUCUUGGACCUCAUCCAGGUUUUUGUGGAGACCCUGGAUAAGUGUUUCGAAAAUGUUUGUGAAUUGGAUUUGAUCUUCCAUAUGGAUAAGGUGCACUAUAUCCUUCAGGAGGUGGUGAUGGGUGGGAUGGUGCUGGAAACAAACAUGAAUGAAAUUGUGGCCCAGAUUGAAGCUCAAAACAGGCUGGAGAAGUCUGAGGGUGGCCUCUCAGCAGCACCUGCCCGGGCUGUGUCUGCUGUGAAAAACAUCAACCUGCCUGAGAUUCCUCGGAACAUCAACAUUGGUGAUCUCAACAUCAAAGUCCCCAACCUGUCCCCGUUUGUCUGAGGAUCGAGGCUUGGACUGAAUUGGAAUCCUGAAAACAAGCAAAGCCAAGCAAGUCCUGAAAGAAAACCCAUUCUGAGCCUUAGAAGAAUCAAACCACAGGACCCUGGCCCUUUCUACCUUUCUGUUUGGGGAGGCCAUUUGGCAUGGAGUGGGGAAAGGUCGAGUGUCUGUUCUCACUAUGUAGCUGUGCCCUUCUCUAAUGCCUGUGACCACUGCAGGUGGGAGGAGAAGCUGCAACUUCCUCAUGGGCAAUGACAGUGCCCAGGCCACCUGUACCCCUUACCUCCUGUGUGGAGCUGCUUCCACCGAUUGGUGACUCUUGAGCAGGCCCAUUUGUUUCUGAGAACCCCACCACGUAGAUAUCACACAUUCUCUGAUUAGAGUCUCACCGUUAGCAUCACAGAGCUUCUGAGGUCAUGUAGGCUUUUCUUUUGCUGGCCAGAUGCCAUAGGUAGAAAAGGGCUGAUCCUUUAGAUUUGGGGGUAUGGUACAUGGCAGGCAAGAGCUGGGUGUUAUGAUGAGAACCAGAGUCACCUGCUGGUUUACUAGGGUUGUUAUACCCAGAAUCCUUUUGUAUAGCCAAGCUUUCUGGUUACCACCUCCUGCAGAAUGUGUUCCCCCCACUGGCUUAGUCCCAGCUGUGCUUUCACAGGUGUCCAAAUCAUGGACCUGGGCAUGCCCACCACAUUUUGCUCAUAGGGAGAGCAGCCACCUAGACACACACGCAUACGACCUUCUCUCUCAGCACAGCCAGAAGUUCCUCCUUCAAAAGCAAGAGGCCCUAUGUCUGCUGUAGAGGUAAAGCUGACAACAUGUGGAACAUCUCAGAUUAUGACUCUUUCCAGGUUUAAAAUACAUUCUUCUCAUGGGGAGCUAAAGGUUCAGUUCCUCUACUAUGAACAGUGAAUCUCCAUCAUACAGGAAACCCACUGCCCACUCCUGAGUGGCUUCUGGAAUAUGAGAGCCAGAGCUGGUGUCAGCCAUCCUGGGCCUGACAGGGAAGCUCAGGGCCUGGGAAGCCUGCUGGCUGAGACCGGUAGCAGCACUGCGUCUUUUCCCCAGUGUGCAAAGGGUCCCUCCCUGAGCUCUGCUUGUGGACAUGCCCUGCUCCUCUCAGGUGACAUUCUUCCAGAGCAUUGGAAACCUGUAAAUGUUUACAUGUGAUAAAAGGUCUUUCUUCCUGUGGUUAAUUUAGAUCUAAAAAUUACUUCUCAGAACAGGGCCUCUUGCUUCCACACUGCUUCCUGUGCCAGGUCUCAGGUAUGAUGUUGAGUUGCCUUGAAAUUAGGGGGCGGACUGCACCUUCACACUAAAGCUUCCUGGCCUGGGGGCCCCUUGUGCCAGCUGCCUAGGACCCAGACUCUUCCUCGGCCUCCUCAAGCUGCCACAGAGCAGGUCUGAGAUGGUACCCAACGAGACUGACCGUGGGCGGGGGGCACAUCUUUUUCCAUUUUUGAGAAGUGUGUCCUGUGAUUCGUGCUGGUUUCUCCUGCAGACUCUUGACCUCAAUCUUGCAGAACCUCUCUAAUAAGUUUAGUGAUAGGCAGUGUUGCUCAGAGGUAAGCCUCUUGUGUCAGAGGAACGAAAUGUAGGUGAAGAGAUCUGAUGUAAAAGGCCCCGAUCUCACUCUUAAGGAUUUACUUCAACACUUUUACGUCCCUCUCACAUUUGCUGAAAGUGAAAUGGGAACAAAGGAAGGAAACCAGUGUUUAUUUUGCAUUUACUGUGUAGUGGCAUGAGCAAGUCUUUGCAUGCAUUUUAUCUUGUUUAAUUCUUAAAACAGAUACUACUGUCCCCAUUUUGCAAAUGAAGAAAGAUUUGGGGCUGUUUGCCUCACUGACUCCAAAGUCCAUUUUUUUCCCACUGUUCAGGAUUGCCUCUCCCAAUUUAUCAUCCUCUUUUUUAUAGAUAAGGAAACUGAGUCUCAAAGACGUUAAGUAGCUUCUUGCAAGCAGAAUAAAACAGGCUUGGUUUUGAAGGUGGCUGGUGACAACCAGCAUCAUAGAGUGGUAAAAGCUGGGGAAAUAUUCUACGUCCCUCUGUCUAACUGAUGAGGAAACCAAAGCCAGCGUGCUAAGUGUUGUGUGAAGAGCCACAAAGCUGUAACCAAUUGAUUUUUCCUGAGUUCAUUAGCUUUGUGGCUUAGUGCAUUGCUACAGAGCAGCUAUAUGUUGUCCUGGCUUUCCUGGGGUAGUCUUAAUUUCAGAUGUUUAGCCUGCCAGAGACUGUAGGUUCCAGAAACCAUUGCUGGCCCUGUAGAUUCCAGCAGUGGGUAUCCAGACAGCACCCCUCACAUGCCUUUUAAAAUGGCAUAAAACUUUAGCCUAGUUUUUUUAUGUGGAAAACUCAAUCGCUUCGAAUGGACCACAAUAAUUGAUCGUUAACCCCUUAAGUUGCCAGCUGAUCCACCUAGCUUUCUUGCCUGCUAUCAGCAAAGCCAUAAACAUCUUUGUUUUUAAUGGAUUAAGAAGAAAUCUUCAUCAGCCUUUUAGGGAGAAGGUGCAGGUUUUGCUGCUGAGAGGUGUGAGUGAUGAAAAUGGGCUGGGUUUGAAUUUCCUUUCGGAGUCCUUAGCCCUGGGUGGUUUGCACUGAGGAUUUCCUGAGGUGGGAUAGAAUACUGGGUUCUCAGUGCUCACUGCCUAUAGUGAAAAUCUAAAAUUCAUUCAUUAUGCAAUUUCAAAGUGCCUGUUGAGGGCCAACCUCAGCUCUAGGCACACAAGAUUGAGAGAAGGAAACGAAGCCCUGCCUCCUACACUGUCUCUGCUGAGGACCUCUAGCAGAGUGCUCAGACUACUGGGAUAUGGUGGUCUGGCUGGCAGCCUAAAUUUGUCGAGUCUGGUGUCAGUGACUUGGUGGUAUAUGGAAUAUUUAAAGGGCAAUAACCAUUUUCCACCCCCAGCCGACCACAUUAUGCCCGGCUGGGCCAGCCCCCAAACAGCCCACCUUCCCUGGCCAUAGCCCUGUGGUCCUCACAUUGAGGAUUAGGUCAGGAUGUUCCAGCUCCCAGAGUCCUUUCAAGCACCUAUUUAUGCAGGCCUUUGCCAUGUAUAGAGCCAGCCCUCCCUCCCCAACAGUAUGGAGCCACCCUAGCAAAGCCCUCUCUGGCCCCAGAUUCACUAGGAAAGAAACCAGGGGAGCAUGGCUGAAGCCAAGCUGCUGGCUAAACUCAACUUGUGGACCAUCUGCCCAUGGCUUUCCAACAGGAUGCAGCAGUGAGUGGUCCCUGAAGAUCUAGAUCAGGAGUGAGGCCUAAGGCCAAGCUCAGCACUAGCCAAGAUGGAGAGUCUUGUAAGAAUGAGACAGAUGUAGAGGGGUUUGUGGGCUUAGCAGACGUGUUGAUUUUCCACAUCCCAAGUCCUCUGCCCUACCACCAAGAGAGCGCCUGUCUCAUUGUGGUCACUGUUAGCCUGGUGUCCACACACACUUGGACAGCAAUGUGUGGCGGAUGCUUACAGAAGGUGGUUAGUGGCUGUCCUCAAGGUUGGGAACACUGAGGGUUCUGCAUUUCCGUGGUUCUGGCAGAGGUUGGGAGACUGGAAAGCAGGCCUGUUUGGGGAAGUAGUUCAUGUAAAUCACCAAUCCCUUCCAGAAGACUGUUUAAAUUCUUUCCUAUUAAUGUUUUAAAUAGGAAAUACAUUUAUGUAGCUCAAAAUCCAAGAUUAACAAAAGGCUUUUUAGCAGAGGACUCCCACCCUGUUCCCCCAGCCUCUGAGUUCCCAUUCUUGGUAGCAACCAGUGUUUCCAGUUUAAAGAAAUUAAAAAUAAAGUCUUCUGAUUUUUAUUCCCAAGACUGAGAGUGUAUCUCCCUGGAUAUGGUAAUUGUGGUGGUAGAUGUGUUCUAUUUGGCCUUGGUGGUUGACCUCAUAGCCCGCAGUAAUCAUGCCAUCCUCUUUGGGGAAGAGGGGCUUAUAAAUGAGGCCUCCCAGACCAUCCCAUACAAAACAGCAACCCUCACCCUAGCACCACAUGUCUGCCUUCUCUGCCUUACCUUUUCCAUAGCUGUCUGACAUACUGUAUAUGUAUUUGUUUAAAUUAUUGACUGUUUCCCCCUCCUAGGAUAUAAGCUACUUGAGGGCAAGGAAUUUCUCGUUCAGUGCUGUAUCCCCAGCUGCUAUGAACAGUGCCAGACACAAAUAGCUCGAUAAAUCACUGUUGAAUGAGUGAGUGAGUGAGACAAGCAGUAAUUCCUGUUUACAGUAAGUUUUAUAGCUUAUGCUUUCCAGGGCCCUGUGCUCAGCCCUUUGGAAGGGGUAUUUGAACCAGGGUAAUGGCACUGGCAGCAGGAAGUGGGGAGGAACCAGGUAGUGACCUGUGAAGGGUGACCGAUGGACCCUCAGAAGCUGGAGAGCUGGUGGUGGUAGAAUUUGAGAGAGGAGGAGUUUGGUUGUAGACAUGGUAGGCUGGAGUUGCCUGGGAGUAUCUGGAGGCAGAUGUCCACAGCCAGCUGGGAGCCCAUGAGUGGGCCAGAGAGGAGAUGAUGGUUUAGGCUGUGAGGACAAGCGGUAUGGCCAAGGGAUAAGAGGAGAGAGUUGAGGACAGAGCCUGUGGGCAGGGGAAGGAAGAGGAGAGCCUGGACAGUGGAGUGACUGAGUCAAGGGAGGACUUUGAGUAGAUUUUAGGGAGGACUAUGAAGAGAUAACCUCUUCCUUGGGCUUGCAGCUGCCCCAGCCAAGGCUCCCAAGUGAACCAGUGAAGUUAGAGAACUUUGAAGAGCUGGUUGUGACCCAGUGAUGGAGGCAGGGUCCGAAGUGCAAGGUGGUUGUGUAAGAACGUGGGUUACAAUUCCAACUGUGCAACCGAAACUUUGUAAAAGGAGUUAACCUCACUGGCUAAGUUUCCUCAUCCAUGAAAAGUGGUAGCAAUAGUUGUCACCUCAUGGGUUAGUGUGAGGAUUAACUAAGUCAUUGAUGUAGACCACAAAGGGCUCAGUCAACACUGGCUGCUGUUGUCAUUAGUAUUUUUGCAGAGGGAGUGGGAGUUGAGGAAGUAGGUGCAGUAAGUCAGGAGAAGUUUCUUGGUGAUGGGAAGGAGAGAGACGGCAGUACCUGGUGCUCAAGUCCUUGCAGAAGAGAGAGGGGGCAGUAGAAACAAAGCUGUAGGGCAAGUGGUGGGGUCUGCAGCAAGCGAAGCAUAAGAUGAGGGUUUGAAGACAUGGAAGAGCAGAUUUGUGAUUGGUAGAAGCAGAGACAGAGGGGAGGGGAGACUGAAACUUCCUGUCCCAGGAGUAGGUAGGACCCCAGCUGGCACAGUGGGAGCAGUUGGUGUUUGGUGAGGACUGGGGUGAGGGUCUCCGGACUCUGACUAGCCAGACCUAGAUGAGAAUUGAGGGCCCUUUAGGGAGCCUGCACUUCCCAUGAAAAAGGGGAUCUUUGGCCUUUUCAAGAGCAAACUUUACAUUUUUGCUCAGCUCCGACAUCAGUUUGAUCUCCUGGGAACAGGGGUGACCACCCCCCUCCUAGGACUAGGCCACAACUUGGAGAGGGGCAAGCUGGAGGCUGGCCUCUGCAUUGCUGGGAAUGCAUCCCCCUCUGCAAAGCUAUGAGAUCAAGAGGUACAGGUAAAAUUUUCAAAAGCUGGGGUCUGUGGACCCCCCAGACUGAGGUGAUAUUCAAAAUAUUUUACAACUGGCAUGGCAGUGGCUGCAACGGUGGGCUCAAGAAUAACGACAACUGUGAGGAUGGUGCAGGACCGGGCACUGUGUUGUUCUGUUGUGCACAGGGUCUCUAUGAGUUGGAACGGACUCAACACCUAACAACACAUGGCUCAGGCACUGAUCGGUCAGAGUGGACGUGCCAGAUGGGGGUUGGAGGGUGUUACUGCUACAUGUCAUCUCUGCCACCGGGACUGCUGCUCUGUUAUCCAAGGCAACAGAGGGGAGAACCCAGAGGCUGCCACAUCUGGGGUUUGCUGCAGUUGAAUUCUCUGAUGGUAAGGUUAGUGAGUCAGCUCAGGGGCUGCGCUGGGAGGGACAAGGUACCUUCUCACCAUCUCUGGACUCUCACAAGCUUCCAGUGAAACUGGAGGCCAAGAGAUGGACAAAAGCCCAGGGCACUUCCUACUGCAAAAGAUCACAGCCUUUUCUCUGGCAACCUGGGAGUAACGGUUUUCUCCAGCCUCGGGGUCCUGAGCACUUGGCACUGGACACCCUUUCUUUGAUCCCUCUCCAGCCCUCGGAGUGGCUCCCAAGCUGGCUGCAGGCCACAUACAUCUUGCCUGGGUCUUGCCUUGGUCUCCCUGGCUUGAGUAGCUGCAGGCUACUCACCCUGGAAAGUAAUCCUUUCUUGCUAGGGAAGUGCUUAUCUAACGGAGGCGAGCUUGGAUUUGGACUGUCAACUGCUAACCCAGCUUUUCCUGAACUUUUUCAUAUGGCUGGACCCACUCCCUCUCGAAGAGGCAACUCCCGCUCAAAAGCUGGACUCCACCCUUUGGGGGAACUUUCUGCUGAGAUUCCUACCCCUGAGUUUCCGACCCUCUUUUUGCCUCCUCUUCACCAGUUGGGUCCUGCCCCAGGCCCAGGAAUUGUCAACCAACCCAUCAGCUGUUUAAAAUGCACUGUGAUAGUAAGGAGUUGGAAGGAAAUCCCUCCGUCCAAACUCCGUGCCAAACAGGCAAGGUACAGCAACACUGCCUGGCAGCCUCAGGUGGACCCUCCUGGCCAUGGAGGUCGAAGCCAGUGAAAACCCUAUGAGUAACAAUGGUCCAAUCUGGUUGUGGAUGGGGUUGCCAUGAGUCAGGAGCUGACUCGAUGGCCACUAACAACAAAGGGAUGUGGAGAAGUUCUCACAGGCUCAAAGGGAAGGUGGAAAGCCCAGAACACAGGAGAAAAAAAAAAACCAACUGGAAUACAGCUGUCACCCUACAGCAGUGGACCCUCAGGGCCAUGGGCCCUACUGACCUUCCCUGAAGAGACAAACUCCUAGGGUGCGCCUCUAAUUACAGAGCUCAGGUCACAGGGCAGUGCCUCGCAGCUGGGAGGCAGGGACAGGAAAUCCAGCGAACCUGGCCCUACGAUCACACCAUGGGGGCUUGCCCCCAGUGAGGAGGAGAUUGGGGGCAGCUGUCCAUGACAUCGCACGUGGAGGGUGGUCCUGAGGGUUAAGAGUCCAGAGCUCCGUGCACAGCUGGUGGGAAAUCUGGAAAAUUGUAUGGUGGUAUCCACUAGAGUUAACUUCUGCCUUCUCGAUGACGAAGCGAUGCCAAAAGAGUGUGUGUGUCCACCAACAGACGUGGGCAAAAACGUUCACAGCAGCACUAUAUGUAAUCACCCAAAACUGGGAACUACCAGAAUGCCCAUCAACCACGGAAUGCAUAAAUAGGUAAAAGGAAUCCUAGCCUGAGAAGCAUCAAACUACAAUUACACUCAACAGCUUGGAUAAAUCUCACACGUGAAAUGUUGAGCAUAAGAGAUCAGGCACAAAAGACCUAUACAGUUUCAUUUAUUUGAACUUCGAAAACGGGCAUAAUGCAUCUUGUAUGGUAGUAGAAGUCAGGAUUGCAGGUACCCGCCGAGAAGGUUCUAGACAGAGGGGCACAAAGCGGGGACCUCUGGGGUGCUGGUCACUUGUGUGGUCACUUUGUGAAGCUUCAUUGAGUUUUUCACUUAUGAUUUUGUAUUUUCUCUAGGCAAGUUAUACGUCAAUUUAAAAAAAUAACAUAUGGGUCUGAAAAAUAAUUAGUCCGUAUGGAGUACUUGGGUUAGUGUAUGGCACUUAGGAUGGGCAAAGUAAACAUGAGUUUGGAGUACCUGGGUCCUGUAAGGAAACCUUGGUGGUGCAGUGGUUAAAAGCUACAGCUACUAACCAAAAGGUCAGCAGUUUGAAUCCACCAGGUGCUCCUUGGAAGCCAUAUGGGGCAGGUCUAC